CACUUAAUUCAAAAGGAUUAAAAAUACUUUUUUUUCUAAAUAUGUUAGAUAAAUAUCGCUUAACUUCAAUCAAAACACCUCUUUCCAUUUCAAUACAACUAAGCAUAAACAUUAAAGGUUUUUAAUUACGUCAUUGAAAACACAAUAAUUAUUGCCCUUAGAUUACUCUUCAAUUAAAGGAUAAAAGCUAAAAAUGAAAGUAAACACGUUAGCGUUUUUCUUCCUGGUUGUCUCCUUUGUUACUGCAAUUGACGAUAAAUGUUUGGCCGACGGCGGUGAAAAAUGUACAGCACCACCAAAUACAGACCACAGUAAAUCAAAAUAUAAUAAAGCAUCAAACAAGAAAUGGGAUAGAUACUUGAGAGAAAUUGAGCAGGCAGUGUCCCACUACCAGGAGUGUACACAGGAAGGAUGCAGUUGUCAUGAAAGUGUGAUCAACAAUGACCUUUCUGUGUGGGUCAAGGACGGUAUCUCCAGAGAAAAACUUGAGGCGGCGAAGCCCAGAGGAACGCACUACCAGAUUAUCAAUCACAAACUGUACCGAGAGAAAGACUGCAUGUUCCCAGCAAGAUGCAGUGGAGUGGAGCAUUUCAUAUUAGAGAUCAUCAAGAAGCUGCCAGACAUGGAAUUCAUACUGAACACCAGGGACUGGCCCCAGUCACCCAAGUUUCACGACCCACUGCCAGUGUUCUCCUUUAGCAAAGUGGACUCCCAGAGUUGGGACAUUAUGUACCCAGCCUGGACAUUCUGGGAGGGGGGUCCGGCAGUGUGGCCUAUCUACCCCACAGGCCUGGGAAGGUGGGAUGAGCAGAGAGAAAUCAUACCAAAAGCUGCUGAAAAGUGGCCCUGGGAAAAGAAACACAACAAGGGGUUCUUCCGAGGCUCCCGUACGAGUUCGGAACGUGACCCACUGGUCCGUCUGUCACGGUCAGAACCUUCUUUAGUGGAUGCAGAGUACACGAAAAACCAAGCCUGGAAGUCAUUAGAAGAUACGUUGGGAAAGGAACCAGCCGAGGAGAUAAGACUAGAACAACAUUGUGAUUACAAGUAUCUGUUCAAUUUCCGUGGUGUGGCAGCCAGUUUUCGCUUAAAGCAUUUGUUCCUGUGCGACUCGGUGGUGUUCCAUGUUGGAGAAGAGUGGCUGGAGUUUUUCUAUCCGGCCAUGAAACCCUGGGUCCAUUAUAUACCUGUCAAACAGGAUCUUAGUGAUGUAAAAGAACUUUUGGAAUUUGCUAAAGAAAACGAUGACGUUGUUCAUGAAAUAGCUAAAAGAGGACGCAAAUUUAUAUGGGACCACUUACGGAUGGAGGACGUAUCUUGUUACUGGAAGAAAUUGCUUAAGAAUUAUGCCAAACUGCAGAAAUUUAAGCCAACCAGAAACCAGGAUUUCCUUGCAUUGUAGCCAUUGUCAUUUAUUUUCAUAAGAAAUCCAAAAAUCUCAAUGAGUGUAUACAUGGCGCUGUUUUUAUGCCCCCAGAUCGAAAGAUCGGGGGUAUAUUGUUUUUGGCCUGUCUGUCUGUUCGUCCGUCUGUCUGUCUGUCAUUAAUUGUGUGUGUCCCAAAACUUUAACCUUGGUUUCGAGUGGUGAAAGGUCAAGGUCAUCCUUCAAGGUCAAAGGUCUAAAAAACUAAUCCAAGGGAAGUAAUAAGAUUUAAAAGGGUGAUAAUUUAUAAAUGCUAAAUGAUAAUAAUUAUAUUGAAAUUUUAUUUCAAAGCGGCGCAAUAGGGGGCAUUGUGUUUCUGACAAACACAUCUCUUGUUCAACUUAUUAUAUAUGAUAUCGGUGUACUUAUUUUAAAAUAAAAGGGGCUGUAUGCACUUGCCGGAAUAUGUAUACUUAUUCAUAUACAUUUAUUGUGAUUUUUCUCACCUUAAAUAUUCAAGAAAGUGCCAUGAUGAUAAUUAGCAUCACCUAUAUUGAAUGUACUCUUUUAUCUUCUAGGUUGUUAGUAUUGUAUGUGCAUUUAUAUACUCUCUAUUAUAUAUUAAUUAACUGCGUUUUUUUCACAGCGCAUUGUUCAGUUUGAAUGCGCAUUUUGUAUUUAUAUUUCAUUCAGAUUUAAUUAUCAAAAGUUAGCUUUUAAAUAAUGAGUUUGGUUUUCUAAAUUUAUAGGUGUUUCUCAGGAUCAUUUAUAUUGGGCGAAUACAAGACAGAUAGUUUGAAAGCACAAUCAUAUUAUAUGCUUACACAAUGAUGGAGCCAAUUUUUGCAUAGCAUACAUUUAUGACACAGAAAGAAAGAAUAUCUACCCAUUAAAAAAAUUGUAUUAUUUAUAUUGAAAGUGAAUGAUGUUAAUGUCGAUGAAAAAGAUAUUGUCUAUGUUAUUAUGAUUUGUAUUGGGAUGAUAUGGGUUUAUGUUAUAUAAUUCAUUAUAUUUUACGUUUUAUUUAUGUGGGAUUUAAUUAGUAGUACUUUUACGUAGAAAAUAAUUUUGAACCUGUUUAUAAUCGUAAAAUCAAAAGUUUUAAGUUGUAUUUGAAAUAUUAUUCAUGUAACCUAUUGAGGGUGAACAUUUGCUUGCUUGCAUUUUACAAGAGAAUUACAAAUUCGGAUGCCUUUGGGUUUUCCAAAGACGUGUUGCUG